GUGGCGACAUGUCGAGCAGUACGAAUCGGCGCCUCGCCGCGUGGAGUGGCCAAGGAUACCUUCCAUUGAACACGAUUCACGACUUGAGCUCCAAGGAUGCAUCAAGAUGCAGUCGCUUAUCCAAUGGCACGUCACGGCUGCUUUGUUUGUCGCUGUGCGUCGACAAAGAAGAUGCAAUCCUCGAACCAGCACUGAAUGUGCCUCCAUGGAUGUUGUCCGCCCUGAACGUUGGCAACGGUGGAUCCGUCACUUGCGAAUCGAUCGACGAUUCGUCACUGAGCUCCAUCAGCCAUCUGGAAGUUGAACUGGUGUCUCCAUUUCCUCGAAUCCUGGUGCAGAGCAAGAAGCGAACGGCCGUGCCGCAGGUUGUUCGCGACCGCAAGCUCAACUUUGACAAAGCCGUCCUUCGACAACUGACCCAUGCCGCGCCAGACCACUUGUUUUCCAUCGCAAUCAUGGGGCAAUUGUACAUUGGGCGCGUCGUGGCAGCUCUCGACGAUUCCCGCCAGCCCCUGCCGAUCGGAGCCAUCACACCGUCCACCACCGUGUUCCACCACAUCGACGCUCCAUCCUCCUCUUCUUCGUCGUCUUUGACGUCUACCCUCGAUUGGAAGGCAGCAUGGGACGCGUUCCCGUGGCACGAACGCAUGCUGCAGGCCGGUCUUGCCGGAUACGAUCACCUCGUGGACCAGCUCGUGUUGCAUAUCCGGCUGGCCUUGUCCCAGGACCACCCUGCCAUCACGGCGCGCGGGAUCCUAGUGCAAGGCGUGGGUGGCGUCGGCAAGUCGCUCCUUCUGCAAGCGCUGCGGCAACAAUUGACCGACUUGCAUGUUCCCGUGGUGCUGACCGACGGCCAUACCCUUCGCCUCGAAGCAGACAUGAGCACCGCGUUUCCAUCGCCUUCGGCCUUCUUGGCGCACCACCUCCGCCUCUUGGACGACGACGCGGCUGGUUGUGGCGUGUUUCUCGUCGACAACGUCGACGCGCUGGUCGAAGACGACGGACACCUCACACCACUAGGGCGGAGUUUGCUGCAGGUGCUGGACACGUGGACAGAGCGUGGCCGGGCGUUGGCAAUCGUUGCGACAUCGUCCAUGAAACCGCUGCCGACGUCCAUGACGCGCACGGGUCGACUGGAGCGCCUGUAUCGCAUGGAAGUGCCGACGGAAGCCAUGCGAUUGGCCAUUGCCGACCGAUUCCUGGCCGACACGGCGCUCGCGGCGGCGCUGGCUGGCGCCACGGGCGGAUAUGUAGGCAAGGACUUGUGCAAGAUCGUGCGGCAUGCCACUGCCAUGGCCAAGUUGAACCACCUCAACGCCCCCACGUGGUUGGAUCUGUUAAAGGCCCAAGGGAAUACGCCGCCGUCGCAAUUGCAAGACUUGAAUGUCCAACGUCCACAUGUGGAGACAUCGUGGGAUGAAUUCGCCGGCUACGAUGCCCUAAAAAGUCGCCUUGUGGAGCUACUGUCGUACCGGUUUGACCAAAAAGGGAUGUUUGAGGUACGGAAUGAUCAAAGAGGGUGUAUCUAAAGUAUUGUGUGCUUUCGAGUG